AUGCCGUUCUUGUCACUUGCAAACCUUCCAAAUCUCAAGUUUCUUUUGGCUGAUGAAAACAAGAUAGUAAUGGAACAUAAUUCCUUUCAUACUUCAAUUCCGAAGUUCCAACUAAACAUCAUCAGUUUGUCAGAAUGUAUAACAGACAAAGGACUUAGUCUACAACCUCCUAAGUUCCUUUAUUACCAAUAUGACUUGAGAUAUGUUGAUCUUUCCCAUAACAAUUUCAGUGGAACAGUCCCGUUGUGGUUGUUGGAAAAUAACACAAAAUUAGAAGAACUCUUCUUGUUGGGCAAUUCUUUCAUCGGUCCUCUCUUGUUACCACAACUUCCUAAUCUUAAUAUGUCUGUAAUUGACAUAUCUAAUAACAAAUUACAAGGUCAAAUUCCAACAAAUAUAUGUUCAACUUUUCCAAACUUGGAAUGGUUAUUCAUAUCUAAGAAUGCCUUUAAAGGUAAUAUCCCUCCUUGUUUAAGUGGCAUGAACAUUUUAUUAAUUUUAGACCUAUCGGGCAAUCAUUUGUCUGGAAGAGUACCAGAAGAGUUGAUCAAGAGAAGCUCAUUAGAUAUUCUUAGGCUAUCAAAUAACAACCUAAGUGGAAAAAUUGUUCCUAUGAUGUUCAACACAAGCAAGUUGUCAAAUUUGUAUUUGGAUGACAAUAAUUUUGCUGGAGAGAUUCCUGAUAUUGAUGUCUCUGCUAUUGAUUUUUCACAUUCAUCACUAGAGGAUAUUGAUUUCAGUAAUAACAGUUUUAAUGGAAAGCUCCCAAGAUGGAUAGGGAAUUUAUCGCAUUUGAAGAGAUUGGCAUUGUCCAACAACCAUUUCGAAGGUUCUAUUCCAAUGGAAUUGUGCAACUUGUAUGAACUUGAAUUUUUGGAGCUUUCUGAAAACAAUUUAUCUGGCUCUAUUCCUUCUUGUUUCAAUCCACCAUAUUUGAGACAUGUCCACGUGUAG